AUAUAUUGAUAGCAUGUCCAGGAAGAUUGAUAGAUUUAGUAGAAUCAGGUAGUACAACAUUAAAAGGGAUAACAUUUUUAGUAUUAGAUGAAGCAGAUAGAAUGUUGGAUAUGGGAUUUGAACCAUCAAUAAGAAAAAUAGUAGCUUAAACAAGAAGUGAAAGAUAAACAAUGUUAUUUUCAGCAACAUGGCCGAAGGAAGUAUAAUCAUUAGCUUUAGAUUUUUGUACUUAAUAGCCAAUACAUAUUCAAAUAGGGAGUUUAGAUUUGACAAGCAAUAGAUAAAUAUAAUAAAAAGUAGUUAUUUUAACAAAGGAUUAAAAGGAGAGUAAAUUAAGAGAGAUUUUAUAAUAAUUGGGUACUAGAAAGAUUCUGAUAUUUUGUUAAACUAAGGUGAAAUGUGAUUAAUUACAGCUUUAUUUGAUUUAAGAUGGAUUAAGAUGUAAAUCUUUACAUGGAGAUAAGAGAUAAUCAGAGAGAGAUUUCGUUAUGAAUAGUUUUAAAAGAGGAGAUACAACAGUAUUAGUAGCAACAGAUGUAGCAUCUAGAGGAUUAGAUAUAAAAGAUAUUGAGUUUGUAAUUAAUUUUGAUAUGCCAAAAUUAAUAGAAGAUUAUGUACAUAGAAUAGGAAGAACUGGUAUUUUAUAAUAUAUAUUAUUAAUAUAGGUAGAGCUGGUGCUUAAGGAGUAUCAAUAUCUUUAUUUGAUUCUUAUGAGGAUGCUAAAUUGGCAGGUGAUUUAGUUGGAGUACUUAGAGAAUCAUAGAAUGAAGUACCAAAUGAGUUAUCUCAUCUUGCUAAUGUUAAUAAUUAAGGGUAUUCAAAUUAUAGAAAAUGGAAUGCACCAUCUGGUAAAAUAUAAUAUUGCAGUUGAUUGAUCUUAUGUAUUUUAUUAUUAAUUUANUUUACAGGUCCAACACCAAUAUAAGCAUAGAGUUGGUCAAUUGGUUUGACAGGUCAUGAUUUAAUAGGGAUAGCAUAGACAGGAUCAGGAAAAACAUUGGCAUUUUUAUUACCAGCAAUAAUUCAUAUAUUAGCUUAAUUGAAAUAGAAUUCUGAUCCUUAAUGUUUGAUAAUGGCACCAACAAGGGAACUUACUAAUUAGAUAUAUGAAUAAUUUACAAAAUUUUCAGUUGGUUCUGGAUUGAAAGCAGCAUGUUUAUUUGGAGGUUAAGAGAAAUUUAUAUAAAAAAAUUAAUUAAAUUAACAUCCUCAUAUAUUGAUAGCAUGUCCAGGAAGAUUGAUAGAUUUAGUAGAAUCAGGUAGUACAACAUUAAAAGGGAUAACAUUUUUAGUAUUAGAUGAAGCAGAUAGAAUGUUGGAUAUGGGAUUUGAACCAUCAAUAAGAAAAAUAGUAGCUUAAACAAGAAGUGAAAGAUAAACAAUGUUAUUUUCAGCAACAUGGCCGAAGGAAGUAUAAUCAUUAGCUUUAGAUUUUUGUACUUAAUAGCCAAUACAUAUUCAAAUAGGGAGUUUAGAUUUGACAAGCAAUAGAUAAAUAUAAUAAAAAGUAGUUAUUUUAACAAAGGAUUAAAAGGAGAGUAAAUUAAGAGAGAUUUUAUAAUAAUUGGGUACUAGAAAGAUUCUGAUAUUUUGUUAAACUAAGGUGAAAUGUGAUUAAUUACAGCUUUAUUUGAUUUAAGAUGGAUUAAGAUGUAAAUCUUUACAUGGAGAUAAGAGAUAAUCAGAGAGAGAUUUCGUUAUGAAUAGUUUUAAAAGAGGAGAUACAACAGUAUUAGUAGCAACAGAUGUAGCAUCUAGAGGAUUAGAUAUAAAAGAUAUUGAGUUUGUAAUUAAUUUUGAUAUGCCAAAAUUAAUAGAAGAUUAUGUACAUAGAAUAGGAAGAACUGGUAUUUUAUAAUAUAUAUUAUUAAUAUAGGUAGAGCUGGUGCUUAAGGAGUAUCAAUAUCUUUAUUUGAUUCUUAUGAGGAUGCUAAAUUGGCAGGUGAUUUAGUUGGAGUACUUAGAGAAUCAUAGAAUGAAGUACCAAAUGAGUUAUCUCAUCUUGCUAAUGUUAAUAAUUAAGGGUAUUCAAAUUAUAGAAAAUGGAAUGCACCAUCUGGUAAAAUAUAAUAUUGCAGUUGA